GCGGCGGGGCCGGGCCCUUCACGGCACGGGGGGGGGGGCAUCGCCCGGCACGGCCCCGCCGGGAGCGGCUGCUGGGGAGGGGCAGCGAAGUUUGAGGGGACCCCACCGAAAUUCUGAAGGGGGCACCUAAACUCCCUCGGCACCCGCCGCCGUCAGCCCGUCCUGCCCGGGUUAGGCCCGGGUUGCCUUCGAAGCGCGUCCCGGAGCAGCCCGGUUCCGAAAAGGCAGCCCCGUCCGGCAGGGCUUUGGUUUGUUUGCCGUCCUCCUGAGGUGCUUUUGGCCCCAAGUUAGCCGCAGGGUGGGAGGUGCCCUGAAAAUAAAGGCUGGGGGCUCUGCUGGCUGAAGUGGCCCGAAAACAGUCACAUCAUCCUACCUCUGUGGAUGGCUUGGACUCGUGCAUAGUUCAAGACUAUUGGAUGACCACACUUUAUGCAAAAUCUGGAAUCUUCCUGCCUGGACUCCUUUCAAUUUUCUAAGGGUUCAUGUUGGGGAGAGGCCUAAAACGCAAGCUGAGUGACUAUGAGGAGAACAUGGCUGGUCUCUCUAGUGCCUUCGAUUCCAGUCGAAAUCUGCCAUAUCCGCUUAAGAGGCAGCUGGUGCUUAACAUGUGCCUCACCAAGUUACAGACUUACAAAAUGCUGGUGGAACCGAACUUGCACCGCUCUGUCCUCAUAGCCAACACCGUGCGGCAAAUUCAGGAGGAAAUGAGACAAGAGAGUAAUCAGCAGCCAGUUAAUGUCUGCGCUGGCAUUACUCCUAGUACUCACAGCUACACAGGGAUGGAGUCAUCUGGGAUUUCCCUACAGUUGCCUUCAGGUAUUAGUCAGCAAGAGUCUAACUGUUGUGACUUGCGGUCUGCAGAAGACCAGAUAGAAAAUAGCCUGCUGAUAGUCUCAGAUGAUGAUAUGUCAUCUGCUAUUUCAUCAAUUCUGAAGGAUUUAGACUUUGUAGAAGACAUAAGCCCACCUACUUGUCUGGUUCCUACUGGAGAUGACCAGCCAAAGUUUCCAGAAAAUGCCGGUCUAAAGCUAGAAGAUGAUAGACAAGAUUUGAAGGGAGCUGAAUGCGUGUUUGGUUCCUUUGAGAUUUCAAAUUCAACUAGCUACUUGAAGGAUUUGGCAAUAGAUGACAUUUUUGAAGAUAUUGACACUUCAAUGUAUGAUUCAGACUUCUGUUGCCCUCCGCUAACGCCACCCAGACCACCACCUCUUGCUACAGAAGAACCGUUGAAAACCUUCCCAUCGUGUAAUUCUUCUUCAGCAAACAACAUUCAAAUAUGUAGAACAGAUCUGAGUGAGCUGGACCACAUCAUGGAAAUUCUCGUUGGAUCCUGAUACUUGUUUUACCCAAAGAUACUUUUUGACUGCCACUCUCAUUUGGUUUCAGGAUAAAAGCCACUGGAAAAGUUGUAAAGAAUUAUUUAAAACACAAAGUAAAGAAUAAUUUGUCCAUAGUAGGGUUCUCUAAUUCCAAAACUUUUACGAACCAGAAAAGUGGCAGUCCUUUUUUUUUUUUUUUUUUUUAAAGAAAUAUUUAUUUAUCAGAACUGUGCAAUCAUCUUUUUCCUUCCAGGGUGUAUGUGGAACUAUAGGCACAUACCCUUAUCACCCCUCAUGCCUCUUUCAAUAAACUUUUUUAUGUGCAAUUUUUAAUUUGUCAGAAGAAUUUACAUGCAAAACAAAUUUCAUAUGAGAUGAUCUUUUACAAAGCCUCCACUUUAUUUUUAAUAUCAGAGUCUAUGCCAAGUUGGCAUAUGUCAAGUUGCAUAGUUGGAUUGCCUGGAUGCAGACACAUUACUAGAGAUGGGUAUAUUUUAAAAAUGAGACACGCUUUGCUUUCUUUUGGUCGGAAAAGCAGAUCAAGACACUUGUCAACAAAGUCUCUUGCAUUUUCUAAAGCAUUCAGAACUAUUUAUUUUUGUAAAUUUUAUAGUCUUUCUACAUUUUACUACGUUAUUUCAUCAUAGUUCAAAUAUAAUGGACUUCUAGUUGGAUGUGUUUAGCACUACCUCUGAGCUGAAAUGCUUUAACUCUUUCCAGUGCUUCGUCUAAGACUGCAGAUCUUUUUGUUUCUAUUUUUUUCUGGGGGAAAGUACUUCUAACUCAUUAAGCUGAUCCUUUGACAGUGACCUAGCUGAUUUGUGAAAUCAAGGGUAUUCAAUGUUUAAAAACUUUUAAGUAUUUACAAAUGUAAUUUAUAUGUAGAUUGUGCAAUUUAACAAUUUUCUGUCAGUAUUAUGUGCUUAGAUUUUGAAUAAUCUUGGCGUUCUUUAAAUUAAAACUUACUAUGUACAGGUAGCUUUUUAAUCUGUUUUGGAAAACACUGUCCUUCAGCUCUGCUUUCACUACAAAGUUUAAGAUGAUUUUUAUGUGCAAUAUUAUUUAAAAAAGAUACACCUUUGUAUACCUGGCAUUGUAGAAAGGAACGCUUCGAACUUAAAACUUCUAGCACCUUGGGAGGAUACUCGAGGAGUCACCGUUUCUGUAUCCUUUAAGAGACGAAGUUGAGAAGGCUUCCUGCUGCACCCACCAGUGCUCGCUGUUCUGAACGCUCCUGAAAUACUCGCUGGUAGGCGGUGAGUCAGUGCCGAUGACUAAGAACCGUCCUGCAGCUGUGUCUGUGGGAGCUCAGGGGUCUGACUGCUCGGAUGCAGCGUCAGGACUGGGGCCUGCCCGCGCUUUGAAAGCGUUGUUCUGGUGGUGGCUGAUGGCUGUGCUGCAGGCUGUACUGAAGGAGGGUUCGUGUGUGUGUGGCAGGUGUGUAUAUAAGUAUAUAUAAGCGCACUCGUUAACUGAAGAUGAGAUUUGCAGUGAGAACUAUUUUUUCUGUAAGACAGUUUGGAUACUGUUUCAGCUUGAAUUGAGGUCUGUAUUGAUCCUUGCUAUUGUCUUCUGAAGUACACACUUGCACACUAGUUAUUUUUAGGAGUUUUUGAUUGUUUUUUUUUUUUAACUAUAAAACUUUUACUUUGGUCUUGAAAGCUGCAGCACCUGUCUGAUAAGAAAAUCUGUAGUUGUAAAAGCUUUGCUUUGGUUUUUUUGUUUUUGUUCUGCUGGGACUUUACAAGAAUGGGGCAUCUGCAGAGAAAGAAAACAUCUACUGUGUGUUGCAUCUCACAAACGUUGGAGUCCUGGCCCUAUUGACGGUGCCAGGGUAUCGGCUACUAUUUUUAGUCUUAACUGAUGCUGUAGCACACCUACCUUGUGCAAAGAUCUUUUAAUUUUUUUUUAUUUUUUUUUUACUGUGACUCUUUUGGUUAACAGUUAGCUGCCAAUACAGUUUGGUAUCCCAGACCAGUGGAGAACCAGUUCAGGUCACAUCCUUGCAGCCAUCUGGGUUGUUUAGCAACCGAAGGGUAUAAAUGUAUUUAUAUGCAUAUAAUGUAUUGAUUCUAAUAUAAAACUUCUGAUCUAAAGUAUUUUGAAUUGCUGGAUAAAGGGAUUUGUUUGAAGAGUGUAUAAGUAGUUCUUGGAGAGGUACAGCUUCAGAAUGUACACAGAUUGUGCAUUGUGUAUAGACUACUCUGGCUUUUCCUCAGCCUCUACUUUUGUAUUAAAGAUAUGCCUGAAUAAAUCCUUGAAAUAUUAAGGGCCUUCUGCACUGUGAUGAAGCAGAGUUGUGGUUAAAAAUGUCUUUAAAUUCAGUGAUGAGGAAUAAAAUAAAAAAGACUGCAUUUAAUUUCUUCUUGCAUUUGAAAAUAUGGAAUGUUACUAUGCAGUAAAGAUAUUUUGGUAUUAAAAUUAUAUCAUGUAGCAAAUAGUGAACAGUUAAUUAAUCCACUUACCUUGCAACCCCAACAGAGAGAAGACUUCCUUUUCAGCAUUUACGUGCUGAACUUUUUUGUACACUUCAUAAAUAGAUGAAAUUGUUGGUACAUUUUAUCAACAAUACAAAAUGUGAUUUUUGUUAAAUUGCUUGCCACAAAGCUCUGUUUCUAAUUGCUUGCUUGCAUCACAGUGCCAAGACCAUAAAGCUGGUAUGUAAUGCAGUUCGGUAAUGUAUGGAAUUAUGUGCAAAGGGAAGAUUAAUUUUUAAAUAUGCACAAACUAAUUUUAAAAUCCUUCCAUGUAAAAUGAAGUUAGAGGCUAGUUGUGGUGGACCUAUUUAUUGUAUGUUUGGAAAUAAAAGCCACAGUUUUGCAGUUUAACCAUUUAU